CUCUAGUGAUUUAUGUCACUUCAUGAAAUCAGCUGUUUGCCUGUUUGAUUUCAGAGGCUCAGAAACAAUUGGAAUUUAUUUAACCUAAAAUACUCUAUCAAUUUCAUAGAAUAUAUACAUUUUUAUUAUUGUUGUUUUAUAUUUUGAAUUUAAGUCUAUGAUCAUUUCUUCUGGGUUGAUGUAUUCAUUGCUACAUUCAAAAUCAUCGGAUUUUGUAAUAAUCGGAUCUUAAUUGAGUGGGAAUUAUGUCCGAAUCGAAUAGAAGAAAGAGUUUGGAAGAGAGUAAAUCAGGGAUUCCGUCUAACGAAGAUAUAGUGGAUGAACUGGUCAAGGGAAUAGGUAACAUUAGUGCUGGCAAUCCAGAGAGUGAUCAAAACAAUGAGCAAUACAAAAAGAGUCCAGUUAAUGACGACGUACCCGAGGCAUCAAACGACUUGAACUCUUUUGAAAAUAUUGGUGAUGAUGGUAAAACCGAAGUGACCGCUAGAGACGAUGAGUCUGAUGAAGAGUUUCCAGAUGACGUAAUUGAUGAGGACAAAUUGAAGAAGCUCGAUGAAGACAGCACAGAAGAUGAAAGAAAGAGUCGCAAAGCAGAAGCUGAAAAGUUGAAAGUGUAUGGUAAUGAACAAUUUAAAACUGGCGAAUUUGAAGAAGCGGCCAGCAGUUAUACAAAGGCACUGAAUGUGUGUCCCCUCGCCUCCAGCCAGUUCAGAUCGGUCCUCUAUGCUAACAGGGCUGCUGCAAGGAUGAGUCAGGACCUGAAUAAGCAAGCCAUAAAAGAUUGCUCAAAAGCAAUUGAAUUGGACCAAUCCUAUGUGAGAGCGUAUUUGCGACGAGCUAAAUUGUACGAAAACACAGACAAAUUGGAUGAAGCUCUUGCAGAUUAUAACAAAGUGUUAGAAACCGACCCUCUCCACAGAGAAGCCAUACUAGCUAGCAAGAAACUGACUGAGAGUAUUAAUGAACGGAACGAAAAAUUGAAAACUGAAAUGAUGGGCAAAUUGAAAGACUUAGGGAACAUGAUACUGCGACCAUUUGGAUUGUCGACGAAUAACUUCCAGAUGGUGCAAGACCCGAACACCGGCGGCUACUCAGUCAAUUUCAACCAGAAUGCCAGCCCCAGUUGAUCGAACGGUACCGUAUGCAACCACGAUAAUCAUUGUAAAAACACUACUACUACGUUCUUUUAUAAGUUGUUAUAAUAUUAAGUCGCCUCUUGUACCAUUCAAUUGUGAUUUAUUUUACUGUCAUGUCUCAAUAAAAAUUUGAGCUAAUAA